AUGACCAAAUUAUCUGGAGUUGAGUACAGUCUCCACCGUGGUGUCCAUGCUUUUAAUAUUGCCUGUACUGGACUGGGGCAGCAGACACUGACUCUGACUGUUGGAAACCGCCCUACUGUUACAAAUAUGUACCCAGCCGCUGCCGAAACAAAAAUAAAAUUCAUAUGUGCUGAGCCUGUUGGUAUCCAUCUUCAACCUCAAGUGAUGACAGCUGUUCGGAAACCAAGUCUACCACCUUGCCCUUUAUUGCUGGAUUCAAACCAGGUGGUUCCUGUCCAUUGCAAUCAAAAUCUUGGUAUCCUCCUGACAGUCACAGACAACCAGGGACGUAAAUUUAAUAAUUUUACUUCACUGAAAUUUGAGUGGACACUGUCAGACUCUUCUCUGGCAACUCUUGACCUUCACAAACCACUGGAGAUGACUGUAGAUUUAACAGACUCUGGAAACAAAGGAACUGCUGUAGGUCACCAAUAUGUGCAGAUGCUUGGGACUCCUGGCACUGUCAUUGUGACAGUGUCGUGUAGCAAUUACAUAUCCAAAUACCUUGUUGCUUAUGGAAUUUCAUUACAUUCCAAACUCAAUACAAAGGUGAUCCAAUCACUGGAACUGAAUUUGGUCAAUGAAGCUUACAUAACCCCUGACACUUUGUCUGUGUUUAAUCAUCCAUCAAAUAUUGCUUCUUUGGAAAUCAAGAAAGGAAGUGGAUAUUUCUAUGUGGAACCGAUUCCUGAUUCUGUUGUAGAUGUGGUACUUAAUAGUCACAGAGGAAUCAUUCAGGUAAUUGAAGAUAAAAAAAAAUUGAAAAAAACUUCCUCCUUUCUUUGCUUCUCCCUUCCUUUUUCUCUCUCUCUUCCUCUUUUUCUCUCUCUCUUCCUCUUUUUCUCUCUCUCUUCCUUUUUCUCUCUCUUCCUCUUUUUCUCUCUCUCUUCCUCUUUUUCUCUCUCUCUUCCUCUUUUUCUCUCUCUCUUCCUCUUUUUCUCUCUCUCUUCCUCUUUUUCUCUCUCUCUUCCUCUUUUUCUCUCUCUCUUCCUCUUUUUCUCUCUCUCUUCCUUUUUUCUCUCUCUCUUCCUCUUUUCUCUCUCUUCCUUUUUCUCUCUCUCUCCCUCUCUCUCUCUUCCUCUUUUUUUUCUCUCUCUCUCUUCCUCCUCUCUCUUCUCUUUUUUCUCUCUCUUCCUUUUUUCUCUCUCUUCUCUUUUUUCUCUCUCUCUUCCUCUCUCUCUCUCUCUCUUCCUUCCUCUCUCUCUCUCUCUCCUCUCUCUCUCUUUUUUUUCUCUCUCUCUUCCUCUUUUUCUCUCUCUCUUCCUCUUUUUCUCUCUCUCUUCCUCUUUUUCUCUCUCUCCUUUUCCUCUCUUCCUUUUUUCUCUCCCUUCCUCUCUCUCUCUCUCCCUUCCUCUCUCUCUCUCUCUCCCUCCUCCUCUCUCUCUCUUCCUCUCUCUCUCUCUCCCCCUUCCUCUCUCUCUCUCUCUCUCUCUCUCUCUCCCUUCCUCUCUCUCUCUCUCUCCCUCCUCUCUCUCCCUCUCCCUUCCUUCUCUCUCUCUCUCUCCCUCUCUCUCUCUCCCUUCCUCUUUCUCUCUCUCUCUCUCCCCCUUCCUCCUCUCUCUCUCUCCCUUCCUCUUUCUCUCUCUCUCUCCAUUCCUCUUUCUCUCUCUCUCCCAUUCCUCUUUCUCUCUCUCUCUUCCUCUUUCUCUCUCUCUCUCUCUCUCCCUUCCUCUUUCUCUCUCUCUCUCCCUUCCUUUUCUCUCUUUCUCCCUUCCUCUUUCUCUCUCUCUCCCUUCCUCUUUCUCUCUCUCUCUCUCCUUCCUCUUUCUUUCUCUCUCUCUCUCCUCCUCUUUCUCUCUCUCUCUCUCUCUCCCUCUCUCUCUCUCCUUCUCCUUCCUCUUUCUCUCUCUCUCUCUCUCCCUUCCUCUUUCUUCUCUCUCUCUCUCCCUUCCUCUUCUCUCUCUCUCUCCCCUUCCUUUUCUCUCUUCUCUCUCUCCCUUCUCUCUCUCUCUCUCUCUCUCCCUUCCUCUUUCUCUCUCUCUCUCUCCCUUCCUCUUUCUCUCUCUCUCUCUCUCUCUCCCUUCCUCUUUCUCUCUCUCUCUUUCACCCUUCCUUCCUUCCUUUUAUUAUUUGGUACUGACUGAUUUCAUUUUAUUUCAGGUGAAGCCCAAGCUUGAUGGAAUUUCCACGGUUAUUGUCCAUGAUUUGUGUUUAGAUGUUCAACAACAGCCAUUAGCUAAAGUACAAGUGUCUGGUGUUGGGCGCAUACACCUGUAUGUAAUUGACAAAGUUGAGGUAAAGAAAGAAGUUAUUGCCAAGGUACAUAUCCUUGAUGUCCAUGCACAGCCUCUGAUGGCCAGCUUCUUCCGUUUAAUGAAUGUCACUCUACGAGCAGAAUCGGACAUUGUGUUCAUACACCCUUCCUUGGACAAAAGUGACGACCCAACUGUUGCCACAUACACGGUCAGGGGUGUCCAAAUUGGCCACACAUCACUCACUUGUUCAGCUUUGAUGGAAUCAGGGGAACAUGUUCUCAGCAAAACAAGACGUAUUGAGGUUUUCCCUCCUCUGCACUUGAACCCAAGAAGCAUCACUCUGAUUAUUGGGGCCUUUUACCAGGUGUUGGCAACAGGUGGACCCCGACCCCAAGGGACAGUAGAAUUUCAUAUGAUCAAUUCUGCCAAGGCCAGUGUAUCUAGCAUUGGUCUUUUGGAAGCUUUGGAAUUGGGAUCAACCAGAGUAGUUGGUCGAGCUGUUGGUCAUCAUCCGGAUACCAAUGAACCAGUUGUGUAUUCGGAGGACCAAGUCGAUGUCCAUGUAGUAAAAUUGUCUGGUGUGAAGAUAUACUCUCCUUUAACACGUGUUAAAAUUGGCACACGGUUACCUUUGUAUGCACUUGGAAUCAUGGAAAAUGUCACUCCAUUUUCGUUUGGAAGUUCCAUUCCACCACUCCUCUUUACCUGGUCUGUGAGCAACAGAAAAGUUGGUACUCUGCAGUCAGUCUAUCAUAAGGAAGUGGGGAGAGAGAAGGAAAUGAAGAAAAAACUGCUCCUCCUUUCCACCCACUUCUCUCUCUUUCUCUGCCCCCUCUUUCUCUGCCCCCUCUCUCUCUUUCUUUCUCUGCCUCCCCUCUCUUUCUCUGCCUCCCCUCUCUUUCUCUGCCUCCCCUCUCUCUCUCUGCCUCCCCUCUCUCUCUCUGCCUCCCUCUCUCUCUCUGCCUCCCCUCUCUCUCUGCCUCCCCUCUCUCUCUGUCCAUCCCUCUCUCUCUCCCUCCCCUCUCUCUCUCUCCCUCCCUCUCUCUCUGCUCCCCUCUCUCUCUCUGUCCAUCCCUCUCUCUCUCUCCCUCUCUCUCUCUCUCCCUCCCUCUCUCUCCCUCCCUCUCUCCCUCUCUCCCCCUCUCCCUCCUCCUCUCUCCCUCUCCCUCCCUCUCUCUCUCCCUCCCUCCCUCCUCUCCCUCCCUCCCUCUCUCUCCCUCCCUCUCCCUCCCCUCCUCCCUCUCCCUCCCUCCCUCUCCCUCCCUCCCCCUCCCCCUCCCUCCCUCCCUCCCCCUCUCCCCUCCCCUCCCUCUCUCUCCACCUCUCUCUCCACCUCUCUCUCUCUCCACCUUACCAUGAUUGUGUUCUCUCUGUCCAGCUUAGAGUCAAACCAAUGGUCAGAGGAAAGAAGCAGGUUGUGAUGGAUAAAGAAUUUAUUGAUGAGUUACAGAUUGAGGUUUUUGAUGAAUUGACACUUGUGUCUCCUUCAACAAAAGAUGGCUUCAUCCUUAUCACACCAAAUACUGAUAUCCAGCUUAAAACUAAUCUGGAUGGUUCUGUGAAACUAGUUUAUGAAAUUAAUAAGCGUAAAGGUGUGACUCCAGCAUCCGUUUCUAUCACUCCGACUGGUCUGCUAUCUGCAGGAUCUAACACUGGCCAAGUUACCCUAACUAUCACCUCCAUAGAGACAUUUGGAGUGAACCAGACAAUGGUCUUCAAUGUGAUGGUGAAGCCAGCAUCUUAUCUAAUGCUAAAUGCCAACACUGUGUUCAAGACAUCACCUGGGACGCUUCCAGCUCUCCCCCUCGGUGUGACUUUCAGAUUGAGGGUCACUUUGCAUGAUGAAAUCGGACGCAUGUUUUUUGCCAGUAAUAUCCGGACCAAAUCAAGGUGUAGCAGGAUACAACACUAUCUGUCUGAGUCUGUCCAUUAUCUGUCUGAGUCUGUCCAUUAUCUGUCUGAGUCUGUCCAUUAUCUGUCUGAGUCUGUCCAUUAUCUGUCUGAGUCUGUCCAUUAUCUGUCUGAGUCUGUCCAUUAUCUGUCUGAGUCUGUCCAUUAUCUGUCUGAGUCUGUCCAUUAUCUGUCUGAGUCUGUCCAUUAUCUGUCUGAGUCUGUCCAUUAUCUGUCUGAGUCUGUCCAUUAUCUGUCUGAGUCUGUCCAUUAUCUGUCUGAGUCUGUCCAUUAUCUGUCUGAGUCUGUCCAUUAUCUGUCUGAGUCUGUCCAUUAUCUGUCUGAGUCUGUCCAUUAUCUGUCUGAGUCUGUCCAUUAUCUGUCUGAGUCUGUCCAUUAUCUGUCUGAGUCUGUCCAUUAUCUGUCUGAGUCUGUCCAUUAUCUGUCUGAGUCUGUCCAUUAUCUAUAUGAUCUUCUCCAGAUAACGGCUGCAGCUGAUAACAAUUCCUUUAUUGUCAAGACGACUGAUGUUGGGCAGACAAUCUUACAGGUGUGGAAUGCUGAUAAUCUGAAGAUGAGUGACUACAUCAACAUUGUUGUCAAGAAGAUAAUCCACCCAGAAAUUGGAAAAGUAAAACUGGGACAGACAUUUUGUUUCCAUGUCCCUAUUGUUUCUGAUAAAGGUAAUCGUGGAAGUUGGAGCAGUGCAACAUUGGCAAUAAAUAUCAACAGUAAGACUGGCAUUGCAACAGCUAUGGGCAUUGGAAAAACUCACAUCAAUUAUAAUAUAUCAACUGACAUGAAUACAAUGACUGAGGUUCAAGUGGAAGCCAUCAGCAAAUUGAUUGUAGAGAACACCACGGAAUUUGUAUCAAACGUGCCCAACAGAAACAAAGAAUAUCUUUUUCCAGUUCGAAUAGAAGAUGGAGAUUCUUUUAUUGAUGACAGUUGUUCAGCAUUGACUAUGGCUCCAGAUAUUUUGGCUCCAUUUAACUGUUUCCUUGAGAUGUCCAGCCGUUUGCAAGAUAUUGGUGUUGAAGAUCUAUUCACAGUAUCUACGGUCUAUGAUCCCACUUCAGGUAAUCUUGCCUGUAAAUUGGCUCAAAAAGAGAGCAAAAUCCUUGGCUUGGUGGGUAGCACGCUUGUGACUGACAUUAUCCUUCACGUAACCAUUCCCGCCCUGGACAACCAACUAGCAGUCUCUGCUCCUCCUCUUUCCUUGCCUUUCUAUCCAGCCUUUCAUGUACAUUCAUCAGAGAUUUACCUGUCAACUCUAUCACCACAAUCCAGCCUACGACUGUCAACAGUUCCUUUGCUUUUCUCCCAUAUCCAGGUGACAUCAAGUGACCCCACCCUAAUCGAGAUUCUUCCCCCUGAGAGUGACAUGAGCACCUCCUCGGCUAUGGUUUAUCCAGUCCGUCUUCGGGAAGUGGGUGUGGUCUGGGAGCAACUGCGCAGUGAUCUCUCGCUGGACUUUUCCUGUCAACUGACUGGACAGAGGGUCCGUGUCCCCAUUUAUAUCAAGCUGGUUGAACGCAAGGAGAUUUUACCAGAUGCGAAAAACAAAGACGCUGCCUUUGCUGAUGUAGCUAGUAAUCAGCCCUUUUGGUUCAUGGUCCUCCUUCUGACUGCUGCUUUCUUUCUUGUUUUGGCUCUUGGUAAAAACCUGGAAUUAAUGUUGGACACUUUUUUCUUUUUCUUUUUUUUUUUUCUUCUUUUUCUCUCUCUCUUUUCCUCUUCUUUUUCUCUCUCUCUCUCCUCUUUUUCUCUCUCUUUCUCUCUCUCUCUCCUUUUUCUCUCUCCCUUUCUUUCUCUCUCUCUCUCUUUCUCUCUCUUUCGCUCUCUCCCUUUUUCUCUCUCUCCCUUUUUCUCUCUCUCCCUUUUUCUCUCUCUCCCUUUUUCUCUCUCUCCCUUUUUCUCUCUCUCCCUUUUUCUCUCUCUCCCUUUUUCUCUCUCUCCUUUUCUCUCUCUCUCUUUUCUCUCUCUCUCCUUUUUUCUCUCUCUCCCUUUUUCUCUCUCUCCCUUUUUCUCUCUCUCCCUUUUUCUCUCUCUCUCUUUCUCUCUCGCUCUCUCUUUCUCUCUCGCUCUCUCUUUCUCUCUCGCUCUCUCUUUCUCUCUCGCUCUCUCUUUCUCUCGCUCUCUUUUUCUCUCGCUCUUUCUUUCUCUCUCUAAUAUUAAUGCCAAUCUUAAAGGGUUUUCAUCUUCUUUUGCAGCAUACCAAGUGCGUUAUGGAGCCCAGCGAAUUAAUCCCCGUCCAGAUGUGUUUUUGGGUGGCCGUUACAUGGACAGUGCUUCUCACAGCCCCGUCCCGACCAGAGAGGAAGUACACAUGAACCGGUACCCUGAAGAAACACCACAACCUUCCAGCUACUGGGGAACGCCUGUAAAAUCACCAAGUCCCCACUUUCAGGCUCGUCGAAGGACACCCACAUCCAACACCAAACUAUGGUCAGUGCGAAUUCCGUCGCCGGAAGCUCACAGUACACCUUCACCCCCAGGAGAACCGCCUUUUCGUUUCACACUACCAUUGAAUUCUGUUUCGAUCUGCACUCUUUUUCUUCUUUUUCCUCUUCUUUUUUCUUUUCUUUUCUUCUUUUUUUGUUUUUUUUCUUUCCUUUUUUCUUUUUCAUUUUUUUUCCCUUUUCUUUUUUCUUUUUUUUUCCCUUUUCUUUUUUUCUUUUUUUUUCCCUUUUCUUUUUUUCCUUUUCUUUUUUCCUUUUUUAUUUUUUUUUCCUUUUUUUUUCCCUUUUUCUUUUUUUCUUUUUUUUUUCCUUUUCUUUUUCCUUUUUUUCUUUUUCUUUUUUUUUUUCCUUUUCUUUUUUCCUUUUCUUUUUUUUUCCUUUUUUUUCCUUUUCUUUUUCCUUUUCUUUUUUUUCCUUUUCUUUUUUCCUUUUCUUUUUUUUUCUUUUUUUUUUUCUUUUUUUUUCCUUUUUUUCUUUUUUUUCCUUUUCUUUUUCUUUUUUUUUUUCUUUUUCCUUUUUUUUUUCCUUUUUUUUUUUUUUUUCUUUUUUUUUUUUUUUUUCUUUUUCCUUUUCCUUUUUUUUUUUUUUCCUUUUCUUUUUUCCUUUUCUUUUUCCUUUUUUUUUUCCUUUUCUUUUUUUUCCUUUUCCUUUUUUUUUUUCCUUUUCUUUUUUUUUCCUUUUUUUCCUUUUUCUUUUUUCCUUUUUUUUUCCUUUUUUUCCUUUUCUUUUUUCCUUUUCUUUUCUUUUCUUUUUCCUUUUCUUUUUUUUUCUUUUUUUUUUUCCUUUUCUUUUUCUUUUCUUUUUCUUUUUCCUUUUUUUUUCUUUUUUUCCUUUUCUUUUUUUUUUUUUUUCUUUUCUUUUUCCUUUUCUUUUUCUUUUUCCUUUUUUUUUUUUUCUUCUUUUUCUUUUUUUUUUCCUUUUUUCUUUUUCUUUUCUUUUUUUUCUUUUCUUUUUUUUUUUCCUUUUCUUUUUUUUUUUUUUUUCUUUUUUUUCCUUUUCUUUUCUUUUCUUUUUUUUCUUUUUUUUCCUUCUUUUUCUUUUUUUUUCCUUUUCUUCUUUUUCUUUUUUUUUCCUUUUCUUCUUUUUCUUUUUUUUUUCUUUUCUUUUUCUUUUUUUUCCUUUUUUCCUUUUCUUCCUUUUUUCCUUUUUCUUCUUCCUACCUACACGGGUUUCUCUCUUCUAUUCUUUCCAAUUUUCCCUAUGCCCCCACCCCUGCGUGUUCCCUUUCUACUGAUGUUUUCCCCUAG